AUGAAAGCCUUGGUAUUUGGGAUAAUACAGAAUUAUCUUCAGAAUGAAGCCUACCCGAGGGAUGCCAUGACUGAUCAACGGACAUUGAGACAGUUAGCAUCCGGAUAUUUCCUUACCGGGGGAGUUCUGUAUAAGAGAAGUUGGAAUGGCCUACACCUAAGGUGCGUCGAUGAGGGAGAAGCUCAAACCAUCAUGGAUUCCUUAUAUAAUGGGGAGUCCGGUCCACACAUGCACGGGGUAGCCUUGGCUCGGAAAAUCAUGAACCUAGGUUAUUACUGGACAACCAUGAAUGCAGAUUGUGUGAGGCACACGCAGAAGUGCCAUGAGUGUCAAAUUUUCGCUAAGCUGCAAAGACAGCCUCCGGUCAAUUUGAAUCACAGCCUCCCGGUCAAAUUUGAAUCCUUCACCAUGGCCUUUCGCAACUUGGGGCAUAGAUGUGAUCGGAAAGAUCCACCCGAAGGCUUCCAAUGGUCAUCAAUCCAUCCUGGUUGCUGUGGAUUAUUUCACUAA